AGGAGGAGGCGAGUGAGCGGUGUCCAUCCUGUAUCCUGACAUUUCUACAUUUUACGACAAUGCAGUCUUCUAAGAGGAGCGAGAGCGACUGGCAGGGGCUGGUCAGCGAGUUCCUGGUGUGUAAACGCAAGUUGGAGAGUAAAAAGGAGGCGCUGCUCAUCCUGUCCAAAGAGCUGGACACAUGCCAACAGGAGAGAGACCAGUACAAGCUGAUGGCCAACCAGCUGAGAGAGCGCCACCAGGGGCUGAAGAAGAAGUACAGGGAACUUAUUGAUGGGGAUCCUUCUUUGCCACCAGAAAAACGUAAUCAGGUGAACCUGGGUCAGCUGUUGAGGGACUCCAGGGACCGAGUGAGACAGCUCACUGAGGAGGUGAAGGACCUCAAUCAGAGGCUGGCUGAGGCCCAGGGGGACAACAAGCUGCUGAGGAUGACCAUCACUCGACAGAGGCUGGGAGACGAAGAGGUGGGGGUCCGCCACUUUCCUGCACAUGAACGAGAGGACUUGGUUUCUCAGCUAGAAAGAGCAGGGCGACAGAUGGAGGAGAUGGAGCACACCAUAAAAGCCUUGACGGAUGAGCUGCAGGACGUUAAAGCAGAACGCAUCGUGUUCAGGGAGAAGGCUGACCGGCUAAAUGUUGAACUAAACCACAUUUUAGGGAACCAUGAGUCGCGCAUCAUUGAUGUGGAUGCACUCUGCAUGGAAAACAGGUAUUUACACGACCGGCUAUCGCAACUUCAGGAGGAGGUGAACCUGCUCAAAGCAAACAUCAUGAAGUACAAGACGGCCCUCGAGAGGAGGAAAAACUCCAGCACAUAUGGGAGAUCAAACAGCGUUCCCCUUACAGGAGUGCUAUCAGCCAAACAAGUCCAGGAGAUGCUCCUGGAGGAGCAGGGCUGCAGCUUACCUGCUACGCCUCAGUCCAUCGCCGACCUGAAGUCGCUUGCCACCGCUCUGCUGGAGACCAUCCAUGAGAAGAAUCUGGUCAUCCAACACCAGAGGCACACAAACCGGAUCCUGGGAAACAGAGUUGCCGAUUUAGAGAGGAAGUUGAAAACCUUGGAAGUAUCAGGAUUGUGGAGUUUACCAGGCUUGACCUACCACGUAUCUGUGGGAAUUGGGAGAACCAGGGACAAUAUGGCACUAAAUGAAAAUCUCCAGCCAGAGCUUCAUCCAACCUGUGCCACGCCUUUGCCAAACACGCAGCCCCACAAAGAUGACAGAAGUUCACAUGAAUCAUCUUGGGAAUGCUGCACCGCUGGCAGUGACCUUGGCACAGAUGGCGCCAGCAGGGAAGACGCACCUGCACUGCUCAGCAGCGCGGAUCCUUUCGCAGGCGUGGAGACGGAUGGGAUUGACGGGAGAGAGGGAGAAAUCAUGACCCUGAGAGACGAUCCGGAGCCGGAGGAUGAACGGAGUCCGGUGGAGGAGGCAGGGCGCGAAGAGGAGGGAGCCGAGGAUGAGGAGCUGGGUUCCUCUGUGGAGGAAGGGGAAGAAGCCGCUCUGGCACUGGAUCUCCGUCUGACUGAGUCGAAGCUUCAGUGGCUUUCCAUCGCACAGACUUCUGUCACAUAUUCAGAGGUUUCCUGCCAGGACAGGGAGUCUAAUGAUGCACUCGAACAUGAAGAAGCCUCGGCAUCGAUUCCAAAGAGUCAGGCCACACAGGGACAGAGUAACACUGAGUGGGACAUUCACUGUCCAUCUGCACCUGGCAUGAUCUAAUGUCAUGAAAAGAUGGGGAAAAUUUCUCUAAGUCCUUGUCGUCGUUAUUGAUGAUUACAUUAAUCAUCCCUAGUUGGAUUCCCACUGCUUAGCCUCUGCUCAUUAACUUCCUUCCACACUGAGCAGCUCGCUUUCAGUCAAUAAAACAGAGAAACUCCCCCCCAAAUGCUGCUGACAAAGCCAGAGGUGCCCUCUGCAUCUAGACUAGCUUGUGUUGCUCUAAAGCAAAAAAAUCUUCCAAGCAGUAGAGCUGCAAACUCGAUGCCCUGCAGAAAAAUUAACAAGUGAUCAGCUUGUGUAUCCUAUAUUCUCUUGUUGCGUUCCCCUAUGAGGAGAUAAUCCCAGUUGUUUGCUUUAUUUUUAUCAAAGCUAAGGAAUGCCAAUAAAAGUGCUGCAUUUUUGAGGGCUUUACUUCCAAAAGUGAUUUCAAAUUGGUGAAGUGCCAAAAUUUGAACUAUAUGUGUGAUGGAUACUUUUGAAUUCAUUGUUUCACCUCAAUACUGUUCAUAUUUGUUUGUUUAAAUCUCGCAUAUUUUUUGAUGUAUUUGGAUGUGCCUUAUGUGUCAAAAUAUUUAAUAUUUAUGAAUAGAAAUUCAUAAAAAGCAGCCAUAUUGCUUGGUUGCAUUAAUUUAAAGUACAGAAAGUUGGGGUCCAUUUGUUCUAUUUUUUUUUCCCCUUAUUAAAAAAAAACAUCAAACCAAACAUACUUUAACAAAUGACAUGGAGGAAGAACAUCCUUUGAAACCCAUGGGUUGUUAUUGCACACAACCCAGUAUUCACUAAUGACUCAUUACAAAAGUAGUUUAAUUUCAAAUACUAUAAUUAAUAUAUACAUUAAAAAUAUAUUACCAUAAAAGAAAGAUGAAACUGCCAGUCAUAACAAAGCAUAAAAAAAAUCUGUUUAAAAGGAAGUGUGUUCUUGGAACUUGAGGGUGACAGUUUGACCUUCCUGUUCUCCUUCACAUCUUUUUUUAAAUUUUUUUAGUUUGACAUUUUGUAAAUGCAUUAAAAUAACACCUUUUUUUCUUUUUAAUUUUAUUUUUUUUUACAACAGUCAUCAAUAAUUGUGCAGAGUGCUAGAGCUGAGGCCCAAAUUGCUCUUCAGAACCCAGAAGUGAAAGUUUAUUUUAUAAACAUUUAAUUUAAUUGACUCUUAGCCUUGAGAGGAAGACGUUUUCUGCUCUUAAUUAUCUUUCUUGUGAAUGAAUAAAUUGCACACUUCAUGCAGAACAUUAAUUUUAUCGUGUUUUAAACUAAACGUGCAGUAGAACUUCUUCAAAAUAGCAGAAGUUUUCCUGUCAAAAAAAAAGUUGAAUCCAUAAACACACCCGGGUCGUCUUGUGGCCAAAGUCCAGAGCGCGGUGUGUUUUGGGAAAUCAGCAGUGAGUCCCACUCCUACAUGCAGGUGACAGCUGGCCUCUCCAGGCAAACGCAGCAUCAAACCCAGAAUGCAUGAACUGCUUAUUCUGCAGGAGGCCGCUUGCUAUUUUUAAUCACCAAUAUAAAAUAGAGAUGAGGAAAAAGAGGGAAUUCAGCUUUGGAGUGGGGUGGAGAAGAGUGGGGGGAGCGUAGCACGUACACAGCAUGGGACCUGUGCCAUGCAGCUGAUUUGGCAAACUGCACCAAGGCUUUUUUCUUUUUUUUUUUUCUUCCUUUUUUAAUUUUUUUUUAUUUUGUUCCAGCUUUAAGUCUGUCACCCAGAUGGGAGCUGAACUAAUAAAUUUAGAUAGCAGCUUGCCAUUAAAUUUCUCUAAAGUAAUUGCCUAGUUUUUGAUUGUUUGCAUGCAUAUAAAUGAUAGGAGGAAGACAGUUAGUUGGAAAAUAUAUUUUUAGCAAACUUCAUGAUCUGAUGCAGGGAAUAUGUGAUUGCGGAUUUUGGCCAAAUAUCGGUGCUUUUGUCAAGUAAAGUGAACCUGCACUGAGGAAAAUAGAAUAGUCUGUUAUAUCCUACCUGCGAUGUGGAAAAGUUCAGGUCCUUCAAAAUGUAUAACAGAAUCUAAUUAAAAUCUUUUUGAAGAAUUGCUUUACUGCAGGACAAAUGUCAGCUGUAGUAUCUACCAAAGCUAUCAACUAGCUGCUGGCAUAAUUCAACCACUGUUUUCAAGUUAAGCAAACAAAAAGGAACACCUAUCUAAAGAAAGAAAUCAAAAGCACAAGUGAUGAGAAUAGAUAAAGGAAUAAACUAUCACUACUAUGAUUUGUGUUGGUUUAUAACUUACAAUGCAAAUUGAAUAGGAAUACUUUUGAAAGGCAUUGUUGUUACAAUGUUGACACAAUGUUUCUUGCGUAUAGUUCAGCUUUGUCACUUUAAAAAUUGUUGUUGGGUGCUACCAGUCCCUCAAAACCUACACAUCAUAUCUUUAUCUAAAAAAUCCAGUUUUUCUGUUUGGGUCUAAAAGGCCUGACUGAUGGAGGGCGGCAAGCGUAACCAUUUUUAUUCUGGCUUGGUGAUAUGUUGUUUUAACAAGCCAAGCAGUGUGAGGUUUCUUGCUGGA